AUGGGACAUCAAUUUGGUGGCAAGUGGCGGAGACAGUCGUUGACUGCCGCUGGACCCAUUAGCCCUGAUGCAUUUGUUAGGACGACAAUGUUGGCUGCCAUCAAAAAGAUUCUAGAAGUAAACUUGGAGAAAAUGGAAGCAUCAUAUCGUCAUCACCUGCAACAGGAAUGUGGUGAUAGCAAGAGGAAUGAUCAAUUCCAUCCUCGAAUUUCGCCAAUUAAGAGAUGGCGGUUUUGCUCCCGGUACCGAGAACGGGGUCAUGACACUCGCAAGAGGGGGCCUAGGUCUCCCAAGCCGAGUGCAGAGCCCAAAGCAAACCAGACAAAAUUUUCCUGGAGCUUAGGCACUGCCCCGCCGAAGAGUCCCCAGACGAGGGUCUCAUGGGCAGAAAUUGUGGCAAACCUGCCAAUAGUCCAACGCGUUGUGAAGCAGGAGACUGUCCGCGCGAGUGUUAGCUCACACACACCCAAAAAGCGGGCCGCUGCGCCACCCGCUGCGGAUCAUACCAAAUCAUCAGCUUCUAACAAACAGGCUAAGAAGGCAAAAGUAGUCAAGAAGUCUGGCCAAGAAUUACCUGCUACAGGUCCUGUGCAAUUAACUCUUAAGGGAACCUCGGUUGAGGUCUCUCUAGAAGAGGCCAAGAUGCUCAAAGAGGUUAGAGUCACAGAACGUGCUCGCCUCAAAGAGUUUUCCACCUUUAGGAAGGCACUUGGUGCAGAUCCUAAAGAAGUAGAACUGCUUGGAAUCGAGUAUGCACAACAGCGCAUAGACGAUCCAAGGAAGGCUGCUACUUUUCAUCGCUUGUAUAUUCCUUAAUGGAAAUACAUGAGCGAAGAGAAAAGCUGCAUAGAACUAUCCUUGAAAGGGGAGGAACCUCCUCUAUGGAUACUUCUGCCCCCGAAGAUGACCACGGUAGUGAGUCCUCUUCACCAGGGGGACGCCAACUGAGAGAUAGGAUCAAUAGGCUUGCUGUAUCACAGCAAGACAAUGAACCACUCUCAGAUUCUGAUAGGAGUGAUGGCAGUACCACCCGAGGUACACAAACUAUACAAACUUCGCAUAAGUUGAAGAACUUGGGCACAAAUUCAGGGAACGAUGGGUCGGCUU